UAGACAGCAAGGCGAGGUGCGGAAGAUUUUUUGUUUAGUGAAUUUUUGAGGAAUUUAUAGUUAUAGUUUAGAGUUAUAUUUAGAGUUUAAAGUUGGAUUAGCCAUGUGAAGUCAAUACUUUUACAAAAUGUUAACAACUUGAAGAAAAAUCAAGAAUGAAUAGGGGAAACAAAGCGCAGACGUUGGGACCCCUGUCCAACAACAGUUCAUCUCUUAGGGACCAGCCACGAAGAAAGAGCACAUCUCAAGUCAACGAAGGGAACCCUCCGCCCCUCCCCUCCAGAAAAUUAAGUGAUUUACCGCCCUUGAAUAAACCCGUUACGGUGGGUAGACCCGCUCCUCCCCCGACUAGGAACCCGAAUGCUUUACGACCUAAAGCCAGUAAUCCGAAUGCACCAGCUCUUCCAGUUCGUGACAGAUCGUCUUGGACUCCGCCAAAUGACCCUUUUGAAGAGAGGUUUAAAUUCCACAAAAUAUCUGAUUUUCCGCCCCCUGAGGUGGCCAAAAUGGACAAAAAAUCGUAUCCUUCGUCAUUAGUCAAGCAAGCUCACACGAAACCACCUUCGCCACCACCCCCGCCCCCGGAUCAGGGUGAAAUACUGGGACCCCUUCCCCCACCGCUACGCAGUGAGGCUCCGAGGUCACUUCCUUCAAGGGGUGACUUAUCUCCGCCACCUCUUGCUGUCCCGUCGGUACGCAGUGAAGCUCCUAGACUACCCCCUUCAAGGAGUGGCUCGCCCCCACCCCCUCCCUUACCACAGAGGAAAUCCACCACGGAUCGCAGUAUAUUCGGUAAGAUCUCCCCACAUCAGACUAAAAUGUAAAUCAUGGGGGUAAGGCUGAACAUUUGGCUUAAGGCUCAGUAAGUGGGUGGAUUUAGAAGUGCGUGGACUUUCAAGCGUUUGAUUGGACUUACAAGCGUUUGAUUGGACUUACAAGCGUUUGAUUGGACUUAACAUUGUACGACUGAGCGUGAAUCUUUGGAGCUACCCUUGCUAAAAUAUGGAACUGAACAUUGGGUUUGAAAGGACUCAAAUGUGUUUGGAUUUGGACUAAUCAGUGACAGAACUUGGUUGAUUGGUUUCUAAUGUGAAAGUGAAGUUAAAAGGGCCUUGAACUUUGAAGUAUAUGGAUAAACAUUGGCCAAAAACUUUUUUAAAAAGACAAAACUAUGAGAUUUUUUUGUGUAUAUUCUCUCCACAUUUCGUUAUUUAUAUAAACACAUAAUUAGGACAGUGUUGGAAGUAACGUUCUAACUUUAAGAUUUUUCAUCUGAAUGGAAUCAAGACAUAUGAUUGGUUGACCUCUUCGUUACUCGGCCAGUGUUUUACAUAGGAGAUUUAUAAACCUUCUCACUUCCUCGCCAUAUUAAGGAUAUUUCUCUCAUUACAUAUUACAAUAUUAUAUACAAUAAAAUAUAUUUAGUUUUUCUAU